GAUCAUUUUCUUAUCCUCCACUCAAAUACCCAGUUUCAUCUCCGACCAAGAACGAUCAACUCCGGCGACUACCAUGCAUACCGCCUGCAACCACCAUCACCUCCUUUCUUCUUCUUUCAUCCUCCAUUUCCCUUCUAAAUUCUCAAAACAUCCCACUUUCACUUUUCUCACAGCACCCACCACGAAAAUGUGCAACCCAAUUUUCGGAGCCAUGGACCCAGCAAAGAAGUCCUCGAUGGAUGUACCCAAGAAAACCACUCGCAGGAAGUCAUCUUACGGAAGCUCUAGGAAGUCAGUUUUGAGGAAAACUUUCAAACAAGAACAGGUGACCUUCACUGCUCCGAUAUCUGAUGACCCGGUUGUUGCCAUCAUCGGCGGUGGAAUGUCUGGUCUUCUGUGUGCUAUGCAGUUGGAGAAGAGAGGAAUUCGGUCCACUGUUUUCGAUACGGGAAUUCAUGGACUUGGUGGAAGAAUGGGCACUAGAACGAUUGAUCCGUCUAUGAUGUUUGACCAUGCAGCCCAAUUCUUUACAGUAAGUAACCCUCUGUUUUCUGAAUUGGUUGAUGAAUGGUCCCGGAAAGGUUAUGUUCGGCAGUCACUAGGUGUCAUCGGAGAGCUUGAAGCUGGUGGUGAUUUCUUUCCAUUUCCGUCUUCCCCUCCCAGAUAUAUAGCUGUCAAUGGAAUGCGGACCCUUGCAGAUUCACUACUUUCUCAGAGUUCCUUGGUUAACGUGGUGCGGCCUUGCUGGAUAAGCUCUCUUGAAGCAUACAAUGGGAUGUGGCACUUGAGUGAGAAUGGAAAACAUCGUGGACAGUUUGAUGCGAUUGUUAUUGCACAUAAUGGAAAAUGUGCAAAUCGAUUGCUUUCUUCAUCUGGAUUACCACUUGUUGCAAGACAAAUGAAGAGACUGGAACUUACUUCUAUAUGGGCUCUUCUUGCUGCAUUUGAAGAUCCUCUUCCUUUGCCGGCCAAAGCAGUUGCAGUUCCAUUUGAAGGGGCUUUUGUGAAAGGAAUAGACUCUAUAUCAUGGAUGGGAAACAACACACAAAAGCUACUUAAUUCUCAGAAUGAGGGACCUCAUUGUUGGACGGUGUUCAGCACGGCGUCCUUUGGCAAACGGCAUAAAGUUCCACAGGAGAAUAUUCCAACUGCCACAGCAGAGAAGGUGAAAGAAUUGAUGCUUGCAGGUGUUGAGAACGCCCUAGGAUUACUGACCGGCUCACUUAAGAGACCAAUAUAUACCCGGGUACAAUUAUGGGGUGCAGCUCUUCCUACAAAUACUCCUGGUAUUCCCUGCAUCUUUGAUCCUCUUGGAAGAGCUGGCAUUUGUGGCGAUUGGCUACUUGGUUCAAGUUUAGAGGCUGCAGCCCUAAGUGGAAUAUCCCUAGCAGAUCAUACUGCAGAUUAUUUAAAAAGUGGUGGGUCACGACCAGAUGAGUUUGCUGUUGGGUUACACAACGAUUUCCAACCGCUGCAGGGACAUGAUAUUGGACAAUUCCCGGGAUUAGAAUCCAACAAGGAUAUAUGUGAGGCUCAAGUUCAACUUGGAGCUUAAAUAUUCAUUGUGGACGUCAUCGUUCCUUGCAGCGUUUGGAGUCUAAGGCCAUCGCUUCCUACUGCCAUAUCAACAAGCCCUUUCUGGUGUAACUAAUGCUUACUAAGUCCCUAAUCAUGACAUCGGCCGCAGUGUAUUGAUGCUCUUGGUACCCAGGCAGGCAGGCAGGCAUAACUGAAGCUGGAAAGCGUUUCUUGCAGAAUUAAGGUGAGUAUAUAUAUAUAUAUAUAUAUAUAUAUAUAUAUAUUGGAAAGUAGCUGCUAGAAAUUUAUGAAGUUGAAUUACAUAGCUUGUGUAGGAACUAUGAAAUGUAGUUAACUGUGACAUUUGAAGCUUUUGUUAUCACAUAUUCAUUGCAUAGCA